CCACAACCGCCAUCGCACUACUACAUAAAGUACAGCACACUCCCUACUCGUCACUCGCCACCAAAAUCAUCAUUGCAGAUUAGUCGACCCAACUACCAUCAUACGCACCAACAUGGGCAUUUUCAGCAAGAAGUCUUCCUCCACAAAGAUUCCGCCUGUGGCACCACAGCAGCCACAAGGUCCCGGAGGCUACGGGGCUCCUCCUCAGGGACAGAGCUUCAAUGGCGGCUACGGGGGUCCACAAGGACGUCAGGGAGGCGCAUAUGCCGGCUUGCAGCCUCAGGGCGCAUACAAUCCCCAGCAGGGCUACGGCCAACAGCCACCACAGCAGGGCCCGUAUGGCGGAGGCUACCAACAGCAACCACCCCCUCAGCAUGCAUUCCAGCAAACAUCCCUCUAUCGCGACGCCAAGGCACCCACCAAGCUCGGAUCAGGCUAUGACCAGAUGAUGGGCGGCGGGCAAACAGGUCAACGAGGAGGAGCAGGAGGCAGGCCUCCCCCCGUAGACGACCUCGAAGCCGAGUAUGGAGCUGGAGCUGGAGCUGGAGCUUCCUCUUCUAGGUACAACGGAGGCGGCGGCCAUGACGGCGGAGAGCAGGCACAAGAGAUGACCGAAGAAGACGAGGAGAUUGAGGGCAUCAAGCAGCAGAUGAGAUUUACAAAGCAAGAGUCGCUCAGCUCAACUCGUAAUGCGCUCCGUAUUGCUAGGGAAACGGAGGAGACUGCCAGCGGCACCAUCCUCAAGCUGGGAGAGCAGAGUGACAAAAUUGCAAACACCGAGCGUCACCUGGAUAUGUCCAAGGCUCACUCUUCUCGAGCAGACGACAACGCCCGAGACAUCGUCUCCCUCAACCGCUCCAUCUUCCGUCCUAACUUUCAGAUGGACAAGAAGGGUAAGCGGGACGCAGAGGAGGCUCGUAUCCUCAAUCGUCAUAUCGAGGAGAGGGAAGAGAGGGAGAAUACUAGAGCCGAGGCGCUUCGUGCUCAGAAUCGAGCCGAUCAGGUCCUCUCUGGCGCGGGUACGGGUAGCGGAAGAUUUGCCGAUCGAUUUGGUGGAGGCAGAUUCGGAGGAGGUGCUGGUGGUGCCAAGCCAAUGAGCGCAGAAGACACACAGAAGAACAAGCUGGCCAAUCGGUCUCGCUACCAGUUCGAGGCGACGGGCAGUGAUGACGAGCUCGAGGCCGAGCUGGAGGACAACUUGGAUGAAAUUGGUCAGCUCAGCGGUCGACUGCAGCAGCUGGGCAAGGCGAUGGGUACGGAGAUUGACGAGCAGAAUGCACGCAUCCAGAGGAUCUCGGAGAAGGCGAACAAGCUCGACACGAGGGUGUACGGCAGCACGCAGAGAUUGGAGAGGAUCAAGUGAGAGGUCGUUGCCGCAUUGUAUGCCCGACUUCAUGUCUUUUCAUGCAUCCAUGCCCUCAUGAUUUCAAUUGCAUCCAGGUCUAAUGCUACCCAUCUAAUAUGGCUUGAGGCGUCGCUUGAAAGUAACCUUGGCGGUCGCCACGAGUCCCCCAGCCCAGAAAUGCUGCGCCCCCUCGUUCUCAUUUUGCGAGGGACAGACCGUAGCAAGCUGGAUACCCUACACUAGCACGCAUCCACC